AUGUCCACUAGUAUCGACAAUCAAGAAAGCCAUCAGUCUUCGGUAUUUUCGUCGCACGCACGGAAACGGUCCUCUCCUGUUUCGGUGCCACCGACCGGCGAUUCCUACAACAAGGCUUCGCCAAUGCAUUCAGAGAAAUCCAUCAUGACGCAAAGGUCACGACUCGUCAAGGCCGGCUUGAUCAUUGCUGGAGCGUUUUUGUUUUUGUUGUAUUUAGUUCCUUCGAGGCAAUCCGUUCCUAAUCUAUCAGGCGCUGUCUCGGACGCUACAAAUUCCUCCACGACAAAAUGUACCAAACCUCAUGAUCCUUCGAAACCAUUACGGCAAUAUGUUUUGAUGAUCGAUGCGGGAAGUACCGGUUCUCGUAUUCACGUCUAUCGCUUUAAUAACUGCGGACCGACACCAGAACUCGAGGAUGAAGUCUUCAAGAUGACCCCAAAGAGAGAAGGUGGUGCCGGUCUCAGUUCAUACAGGGAAGAUGCCGAAGGCGCCGCAAAGAGUCUCGAUGUGCUGAUGGACGUUGCGAUGAAAAGUGUUCCUGAUGAGUAUAAGUCGUGCACACCAGUUUCCGUGAAAGCCACCGCAGGUUUGCGCUUGCUUGGAGAAGACAUGAGCAAAAACAUUCUACAGGCAGUGAGACAUCGUUUGGAGACCGUCUAUCCAUUCCCCGUCGUCUCGGAUGACAAAGGAGGUAUCGAAAUCUUGGACGGAAAAGAUGAAGGCGUUUAUGCUUGGAUCACCACCAAUUAUCUUCUCGGUAAGAUCGGCGGCCCUGACGAAACACCAACAGCUGCUGUUUUCGAUCUCGGCGGUGCCUCGACACAGAUUGUUUUCCAACCAACCUUUGACAGCCCCUCUGGUGGUAUGCCCGAGGAGCUUGCGCCAGGCGAUCACAAGUACGAAUUACAAUUCGGUGGACGAGAAUUUGAUCUUUACCAGCACUCUCAUCUUGGAUACGGCCUUAUGGAAGCUCGUUCUGCGAUUCACAAAUCUAUUGUUGAAGCCAAAUUGGCAGCCAGCCCGACCGACCUGUCCUGGUUAAACCGAUCAAUUUCUAACCCAUGUAUUGGUCCCGGCAUGGAACGACAGGUCAAUCUCACGUUCCCCGAUGGCCAUGCUCUAGCACCCAAGGUCUCGGUCACCAUGGUUGGACCUAAGGAACUGUCUGCACCCGCUCAAUGCCGUGGUAUUACUGAAAAGAUUUUGCACAAGGAAGCUGAUUGUAAAUUGGCCCCUUGUUCAUUCAACGGCGUUCAUCAGCCUUCUCUCGAAAAGACUUUCGCCAAGGAGGAUGUCUAUAUCUUUUCCUACUUCUACGACAGGACCAAGCCACUCGGAAUGCCGGACUCUUUCACACUUCAUGAGCUACAACGUCUGACUGAGAUAGUCUGCAGUGGAAAAGACAACUGGGGUAUUUUCGAAGGUAUCGAGGGGGCUUUGGAAGAACUCGAAGGCCGCCCAGAAUCUUGUUUAGACCUCAACUUUAUGCUCGGUCUUCUUCACACUGGUUACGAGAUACCGCUAUCUCGUGAGGUGAAGAUUGCCAAGAAGAUUAAGAAUAACGAACUUGGCUGGUGCUUGGGUGCAAGCUUGCCGCUAUUGAGUCGGGAAUCAGGCUGGACCUGCCGCAUCAAGGAAGUAUCAUAA